GUCGUAACUUGUACAAUUACACAAGUGAACAGCAGUUUUACUAAUAAUUUAACUUCUUCGGAAGUUAUGAUUAUUCAUAGUUAGUUUGUAACUAUUUAUUUAAAAUUGACGGAAUUAGGCGAAUUGUAUUUUAAUUUGGUAUGCACUGAAAAUAGUGUUGUCGUUUUCAAAUAGGGAGAUUAAAUACCAACUCCCAAGCCAGUCAGACAUAGGAUUCCAAAAGGUCAGAAAGUGAUUCACUAAUGUGAUUGAGAAAGAUGUUGCAAUUUUUAUUGAUCCGAGUGACAGCAAUUUCAGUGACGUGAUGUGAGGGAGUAAUAAGUUCUGUAUGACUGCAUUGUUAUAGAAGUAGCCUCACUCUCGACAACAUCUUCUCAACUUUUCAAGUGACAAUAUGAGUCAACUCGACAUAUCAAAUCUUUCUGGAUUGCGGAUCUCCCCAUCCAACGAAGAUGAUUUGGAAAAGGAUCCAAACGAAAAGAAAAUUAAAUAUCCGAAAUCUGUGUUUUUUAUAAUCGCCACAGAGUUAAGUGAAAGGUUUUCGUAUUAUGGAAUGCGAGCAGUGUUAACGAUUUACAUGAGAAAUAUGCUCAAUUUUAAUGAAGACAAGGCAACUACAUUUUACCACACGUUUCUUCUCAUGUGCUACGGUCUUCCCAUUGUGUGGGGGAUAAUUGCAGACUCAUUCUGGGGAAAAUAUACAACGAUUUGGAUCGUCUCCUUGAUAUUUGCCUUGGGAAAUGUUAUCUUAACUCUGUCAUCAAUUCCACCACUGAAUUUGCCAGCCAUACCACUAACAAUGAUUGGACUAUUUCUAAUGGCAUUAGGCACCUCGGGAAUGAAACCAUGCGUUGCGCCCUUCGGAGGAGAGCAAUUUAAGUUACCAGCACAGGCUAAAUACCUUCAACAAUUUUUUUCCGUCUUUUUCUUUGCUGUGACAGUGGGAAAUAUGAUAUCAACAAUCAUUACUCCCGUUUUUCGACGAGACAUCCAAUGCUUUGGAAUCGGUUGUUACCCUUUAGCUUUUGGCGUACCAUCCGUCACAAUGCUGUUUGCUGUUGGUGUAUUUGUGUCUGGGAAGUCUCUCUAUAAAAUUAACCCACCAGCGGGCAACAUGCUCGUAAAGGUCGUUCGAUGUAUCACGCAUGCCUUAGUGAAUAAGAAAUACUCGGAUCAAGAAAAAUCGAACUGGUUGGAUUAUGCUGAUGAUAAAUUUGAUGCAGGACUCAUCAAUGACAUUAAAAUGCUUCUCCGAGUUCUGGUUUACUACAUCCCCAUCCCAAUGUUCUUUGCCCUGUAUGAGCAAUUGGGGUCACGAUGGACGCUGAUGGCCACCAGAAUGGACGGGCGCAUUGGAAACUCAAGUUUUAUUAUAAAGCCAGAUCAAAUGCAGGUCAGCAAUGCAAUCCUCAUGUUCAUCUUCAUCCCAAUCUUCCAAGCACUCGUCUACCCAUUAUUUAGGAAAUGCAGGCUUCUUAAGCGUCCACUUCAACGAAUGGGAGUGGGUGGAUUCAUUGCAGCUUUGUCGUUCUUUGUCGCAGGCAUUAUAGAAUUGCAAAUUGAGAAAAACCAUUACAUACCGCCAUCUCCAUCCGAAACGCAUCUAAAAUUUGUGAAUACACUUCCGUGUCCGGUGUUGAUGACUAAUAAUUUGGAGCUCGAUAAUAGCACACUUGUCAUUGGACCAGAAAACGCUCAAAUUGUCACUUUCGUUAAUACCAACCGGUUGGGCAUGACAUUGACACUGAAUGAAAGUUGCGACAGCCUCGCGUCAAUCAACAACCGGAAAUGGGUGGGAGAAGUUCCACUGAUGCUAGGGUCUCUUCAAGCUGUUUUCAUAUUUGUAAAAAAUAACACGUUGGUUGCGUCAAUAUCAGCGACGAAGGAGGAUUUUGUGAAAUCAAACGAGGGGAAUGCGAAAGUGCGGAUCGUGAUAAAUGGAAUAUCUAACAAUAACAUCCCACCACUGGAAAUGAUAACCUUAAAAUCUUUGCGUGGGGAUGCAGCAACGUAUGAUAUGAAUGUGAUUAAAGGAUCCAAUGAUUUUAGCUACACUUCCGUAUCUGAAUUGCCUCCUGGAGAGUACUCUGUUGUCAACAAUUUUUUACAAAAUAUUUCCCACAUCGGAAAUUCUGGUCAUUCUUCAUGGGCUGAGGUUGGAAAUGUGGACGUGCACACUGGAGGCAGCUACCUUUACGUUGUACAUCCGAGUUAUGGAAAUUUGUCAGAUUCUUUCAAGCUACAAAUGAUCGUGAUCAACACACCGAAUGAAAUUCACAUGCUAUGGCUAAUUCCUCAAUAUGUUCUAAUGGCGUGGGCGGAAAUUCUUUUCAUUGUGUCUGGAAUGGAAUUCUCGUUUACUCAAGCACCGAAAUCAAUGAAGUCUGUCUUACAAUCUUUGUGGCAUCUGAUGAACGCAUUUGGAAAUGUAAUUGUCAUUCUGUCUGCCCAAGCUAAACAUUCCCAUUCUCAGGCAACUGAAUUUUUUGAAUUUGCUGGAGCCAUGCUAAUUGACAUCAUCAUUUUCUGCCUACUUGCUAUGCGGUAUAAAUACGUAGAAGGGACCACGGGCUCGAUAAAAGAUCGCAAUGACAACAAAGAAUGACGACGCGUCUGAAAUUAAGAAAAGCGUAAUCUUGUAAAACCUUAUCAUUCUGCAUCGUCACACACAAACGCUACUUCGCUAAUAAGUAAAUAUUCUAAUUAAAAAUCCAAGUAAAUAUUUUAAGCUUUUAACAACAUGCAUUCAUUUUUAAUAUUGUAGUAAAUAAAUUAACGAAUAUCGCAAUGUCGUAUAAGCCUCAUAUAAUUUUAUUCUAAUUGAAAUAAAUUAACCCAUAAAAUGGGUGAGUUGAAGUCA